AUGGCCCAGGUGCAGGAGUGGAACAUGGAAGCCCCACACCUGAUGCCGCUGCAGCCGCCGCUGCUGCCAGAGCGAGCGCACGUGCGGGAGGCACAGCUCCACUCCGCAGAAGCCUCACUCUGGACCGUGGUGGCCACAGUGCAGGCCAUGGAGAGGAAGAUUGACCUCCUGGCCACACGCCUGCUCAGCCUGGAGGGUCGCUCAGGCACGGCUGAGAAGAAGCUACUGGACUGCGAGAAAACAGCCAUGGAAUUUGGGAACCAGCUGGAAAGCAAGUGGGCUGUGCUGGGCACCCUCAUCCAGGAGUACGGGCUGCUCCAGCGGCGCCUGGAGAACGUGGAGAAUCUCCUGAAGAACAGGCUGGCACUGCUGAUCCAUGGGAGCUUGUACCCGCAGGUGCCAGUGACGUUUGUUGACAUCGCCGUCUACUUCUCAGCGGAGGAGUGGAAGAAUCUGGAGGAGUGGCAGAAGGAGCUGUACAACAACCUGGUGAAGGAGAACUACGAGGCUUUGCUCUCCCUGGAUGGUGCCCUCUCCAGAAGUGAGGCACAGACCCGCAGCGAGCGUGGGGAGGGACCCUGUGUCCCCGAGCAGAGGGAGCUGGAGCAGAGGGAGCUGCCACCAGAUGCCUGCGCAGAGUCACUGAUCUCCACCUCUGACAUCCUGUCCCGGAUCAAGCAGGAGGUGGCUUUUGUUGGGGAGCAGCAGUUCACGGAGGAGCGGGGGAUGCCAGCGGACCCCUGUGCAGGCGCAGAUGCCCUGAUCACGGCACACGACUUCUUGUCAUGGAUCAAGCAGGAGGAAGAGCCCUGCGUCCGUGAGCCAUGGGAACUGCCAGAGAGGGAGAUGCUGCCGGGUCCUGGUCCUGCUGGCGAGGGGCUGCUGGUGAAGACAGAGGAGCGGUGCCCCCACACUGAGCCCCCUGAGGAGGUGUGUGUUCCAGGUGGCUCCGGGCAGCUGCUCUUCCCCGGCACGGGCUUCGGGACCUCCGAGGGACAGGCAGCG